UGCUGUGUGAACUGCACCACUGAAGAAGUUGACCAAAAGAUGUUACUGUGUAUUGUACCAGCUAGCGCUUUUCUGUAAAACCUUCAAGAUUAUGAGAAUCAGUAGUGUACUGAAAUAAAUCAGGCUAUAUUUUGCCUAUAGACUAGACCCUCUCUAGACUAGCCUAUGUUAUAUUAUACAGAGCAGCAAUAAUUGUGCAAAAUAGUUAUCACGCUCAGGCAAGCAUGGGCGUGCGCGCACGCACAUUCUGUAUCUCGAGUACGGCUGAUAAUGAAACUGUUUCAUAUAGGGAGAAAACCUCCUGUAACCUGUUAUCGAAACGACUUUGGUCUCCUUCAAAAGUCCAGUUUGUCGUGGAUCAUUAUUAAAGGUAUAAAAAGACACAUGGAAAACCUCAAAUGGAAAGGACUAGGAAUAUUAUUUCUUAUGAAUGUUAUUGCCAUUCUGAUAUGGACCUACACAAGCUGGCAUCCUCAGUACAUACGGAUUUCUUCAUUUUAUUAUAAACAGAAGACCCCAGUGUCUUUAAAUUCAAUAACGCCCAUCAAAGACUCAAAACACUUCAUGGUGUCUGCAUUCAUCGACCACAGAAUUGAUGGGACGAUUCGAGUCAUCAGCAUAAUCAACAGAGAAAGUCUUCAGCCACUUUACUGCGUUUACUGCAAUACUGAACAUGACUGUACAACUGUUGAGACUGAUGUCCAAAUACACAGUGACCAUUUUGGAUUCCCAUUUCAUGUGUCGGAUGUGAUCUGUAAAGGUAAACACUUGCAGAAUGCAACACAUGUCCUCAUCUCAACUAAUGAUUCAGUCAAUCAUACUACAGAAUUUAUACCAAUAAGAAAUCGUGUUACGAGUGAGACCUUCAAGUAUAACUUCACAGUUUGCAUCUCCAACCUUUUUGGUGACUACAACAAUGUGCUACAGUUUGCUCAAACUAUAGAGAUGUACAAACUUCUGGGCGUUCAGCGAGUGGUCAUCUAUAACACUAGCUGUGGACGGGACCUGGAAAAACUUUUAAAGCAUUAUGAAAGAGAGGGAAUACUGGAGAUUGUUUCAUGGCCAAUUGACAAGUUUCUCAAUCCAUCUUCAGGUUGGAAUUUUCAUGAACACAAGGGUGACCUUCAUUACUACGGUCAGUUGACAACACUUAAUGAGUGCGUUUACAGACACAUGUAUCAAUCUAAGUAUGUUCUCCUGAAUGACAUCGAUGAGAUCAUCAUGCCUUAUGAAUAUGACAAUUUACCAUCUCUUAUGGAAAACCUUCAAGCUGCAUAUCCAAGUGUGGGUGUGUUUCUUAUCGAGAACCACAUAUUCCCCAAAACACAGUUUGAUGACAGUGGUCGCUUCAAACGGCAAGAAUGGAGUAAAAUUCCUGGUAUCAAUAUCAUGGAGCACAUUUACAGAGAACCUGACCGAAAAAAUGUUUUCAAUCCCACAAAGAUGAUUAUUAAUCCAAGGUUGGAGGAGCAAACCUCAGUGCAUUCCUCUUUAAAACACUUCGGAGGUUCUUACCGUGUCCCAUUUGAUGUUUGUAGGAUUGUACAUGUGAGAGUCCCACUGCAGGGGCAUCUUACCAAAGAUCAGCUGAAUGUGGACAAAAGAUUGUGGGACUUUGAACAAGAACUGCUACCAAAUGUUGACAAUGCACUGAAGCUUUCUGGGGGUGGAGAUGGCACAGUGGAUAAGACACUCGCCUUUGGUGUGAGAGACCCGGGUUGGAAUCCACUGUGACACACCAUUGUGUCCCUGAGCAAGACACUUAACCCUUAGUUGCUCCAGAGGCGUGUGACCUCUGACAUAUAUAGCAACUGUAAGUCGCUUUGGAAAAAAGCGUCAGCUAAAUGAAUAAGUAAAGUAAAGGCUUUUAUCGAAAACUAAACCAUUUUAUUGGCCAGAGAUAUUGAGUAAGCAAUUUCCGCUUUACAAAGGACUAUUGUAAUUCGCUCUAGCUUGGAAUUGAUAGCAAAGCACUGGCAUGCUUGUAAAACAAACAAAAUGUUGCAGCCAGAAUGAUUAAGUAAAACUGACCUCUAUUGAGAUCCUUAAAUAAGCUGUCCAUCCAGUACAGAGUAAAUUUCAAAAUUUUGGUUCUUGUUUUUAAAGCCCUACACAAUUAGCACCACCGUCGGUCUAUACUCCGUUUAUGUCCCUGAGAUCGGAAAACCAAAACCUUCUUGUAUUUGUAAGAACAAAAAGGUGACAGAGAAUUCUCCCAAGUCAGUUCUAAACUUUGGAAUGACCUUCUGCCCCCUGUUAAAUCAGCAAAAUCUUUGGCUGUUUUUAAGGCUUUUUAAAAACUGAUUUACUAAAUGCAUUAUGGGGUUAGUCUGUGGGGACUGGACCUGUUGUAAGUGGUAGGUUAGUUUCUUUUUUUUUACGUUUAAUUUAAACAAACCAGUCAGUUUUCUUGAGACUUGAUUGUAUUGUAUUGUCAAACUGAUAUUUGUAUUUAACUUGUAAACUUUGUUUAUUGUUCCAAGUAAAUAAAAAGGUGAAGCAGAAUAGCGGUGAAGUUGCGAAGGUUAUAUGUUUAUAAAUCACCCCAUAAUAU